AUGUUCACUCCAGACCAGCUAAAUGCCAUAUCUCGGCAACAUUCAAGCCCAAGAUAUGUUACAGUAAGUUUAUAAUUUGUAAUAGUAUUGAAAAAUCUUUGAAAGGAAACCUUGAGGCAUUUUUUUUGGAAAAACUAUAAUUUUUUAUCAGAAAGACCUUAAUUGUUACCUAAAAUAAUACCAUAUAGUAUUGAUAUGAUUACAGAAAGAGCCGAACAGGAGAUGUUGGUCAUGGAAGUACUUUAUAAGCGUAAACGAAGAGCGCUCCAAGUGUAUGUUCUGCGAUUUUUCAUACCGAAACAACACCUACAAGUUCAAGAAACAUCUACUUGUAAGUGUUUGUGAAAUAGGGUUAUGUAAGGUAUGGAGAGAGUAGGGUAUGGUAGGCUAGAGUACAGUAGUAUUGGGGAGAAAACGGUAUGUUAUGGUCAGUUAGGGCUAGAUGGGGUUUGUUAGAGUAAGGUAGGGUAAGGGAGAGUAGGACAGAGUCAGGUACGGUAGGGAAAAGCACAGUUGUAUCGGAGAAAACAGUAGGUUAUAGUAAUGUAGACUUAUAUAGGCUACGGUAUAGGAUGGUAAAACAGGGUAGGGUACGGUAGGGAAAAGCACAGUAGUAUUAGGUAGGAGACGGUAGAUUAUGGUAAGUAAGGACAAGGUGGGUUACGGUAAGGCAAAUUAGGUCAUAGUAGGGAAGAUUACGGUAAACCAAAGCAUUUUACUGCGGGGGACUGUAGGAUAAGGUAUUCUGGUACUAUAGUGUACGAUAGAUGGUAAAAUAGUAUAAGAUAGACUAAUACUGUGGUGUAAGAGAGACGGGUAUGUACUGUAAGAUAUACUGGUAUAGUAGUGUAAGAUACCUGGUGUUAUAAUGUAAGAUGGACUAUGUUAGUGUAUGGCAGCGUAAGGUAAAAUACGAUAUGUUAUGUUAGAACGCAUUAGGUGUUAGCACAGAGUGAAUUAUGUUAAAGUAUUAUCGCUGAAAGCGCGGUAAAGCUAGGCAAGUUAAAGUAUAAUCGACUAGGGCUUAGAAACCCACAAAAACACCCCGCAAUAACUUUGUUUCCAGAGCCAAUGCGUCAAAAUACCACCGAAUUAUAAAAGUGAGAUCGACUCCCAAAACGACAAGUGUGAGGGAUACUACGAAGACCCGAAACGGCCGCGACAUGAGAACUAUUUGAAGCGGGCGAGGAUGAGCAACCCACCCGAACCCAACUACCUCAUACCCAUGCCCGAGGACACUCAAAUCCACAAUAUAUUAUCCAUGAUCGAUCAGAACACCGAAGAAAGGGACAGCUUCCAUUCAUUGUUGGUUAAGGUAAGAUUACUGUAAAUUUUAGUCAUUACUGUAGUUUUUAAGAUCACCUUUAGUUUUCAAGAUGUUACUGUAGAGAGUAGUACUGUAGCUUUUAAAAUCGCACUGUAACUUUUAAGGUCAUAUUUUGGUCUUCAAGACGGUACUGUAGUUUUUAGAUUCAUAUUGUAGCUGUUAGAGUCAUACUGUAGCUUUUAAAGUCUUAUUGUAACUGUUAAGAUCAUACUGUAGCCUUCAAAGUCGCACUGUUGAGUUCAACUUCAUACUGUAGUUUUUAAAGGAAUACUGUAGCUUUUAAAGUCUCACUGUAACUUUCAGAAACAUACUGUAGCUUUUAAAGUCAUACUGUAGCUUUCAAAAACGCACGGUAUAUUCUAAAAUCUGUAUUUUUUAGUUUAUCGUGACCUCGGACGUGUCUCCAGAAGCCCUCCAGAACCCGUACCUCAAAGAACUGCUGCAAAAGCUUCGUCCCGACUUCAAUCUCCCUUCAAUUCAAGACAUUCAACGUCAUCUCGACCGGGAAUACGACGAAAUUCGACCGCAAAUCUCGUCCAAGAUACAGGAAGCCAAAUUCCUGUCGAUUUCGUUGAAAAUCGACCAGAAAUCGGAGAAAAUUGACCGAGACAAUGGGACUUUUUCACAAAAUUCAGCCCAAAAUAAUGGAAUUUUGAGGCAAAACACAGAGGAAAAGACGAUGCAAAAUGGUCCUACUGGUACAGGUGGUACUAAUGAGAAUGAAGGUUUGUAUAGUAAUGGUAUUGAUGGCUUGAGUAACUCGGAAAUGGCACAAUAUGACCAAGAAUCAGAGAGAUACGACCAAAAUUCGACAGAUUUUGCCCAAAAUUCAACCAAAAACGACCAAAAUGUGACAAAAUCAACCAUAAAUGACUUAAAAAUCGACCAAAAUUCAUCAAAAUCGACGACUUCAUCAGCAAUGGAACGACACAUCGAUGUAUUCAUCCACACACCCAACCCACUUUACUAUGGCCGAGUAACGACCGGUCAAAGUCGACCAAUCCUCCAGGUUUUGGCGUCUGAAAUAGACAUGAAAAAAGUUGUUGCCAUCAAGACCGAGAGCCCAGAAAUGUUGUCAUUGACGAAGGAGGUGGAGGAGAACUACCCCUGGAUCAUUAUCGACCGAUGCAAGGGGUGUUUGGUGGAGAAAACGACCGAGGAAUUGGUGGAGACGGAAGUGGUCAAGAAGUUGUGGAACAAAGCCAGCUUCUUGGUGGGGAUGUUUAGGUAGGUUUUGUGUUAGAAAUGGGUUUUAUAGGGUAGGGGGAGACUAAGUAGAGUUUCAAGAUGAAUAUAUAAUGGGCGGUCAUAUACAAUAUUGUUGUAGGGCUAGGGCAGCGGAGGGUAGGGUAAAUUGGGGUAGAAAAGAAAAGGGAGGGUGAGGUAGAGUUAUGGCGGGGUUUGGUAAAAUUGGGCAGGGUAAACUGAAAUUUCAACAAUACCUUGUCUAUGCCCUACCCAGCCCUACUCAAUACUUUGUCCAUGCUCUGUCCUACUCAUGCCUUGACUAUGCCCUCUCUACCUUACCCAUGCCUUGUCUAUGCACUAACGUACCCGUACUUUCUCUACGUACUAUCCAUACCUUUUCUAUGCUCUACUAUACUUAUAAUUUCUCCAUUCCCCACUUAUACCAUUUCAACCCUACCCUAAUUUUGUGCAUCCACCCCCAUUUACCCCUCCCUAGUGCCGUCUCUGUCUCGUUUCUUGGCCCUACCCAUACCCUACUUUACUUUAUAUUAGGUUUUUCAAAUAAUUCUGUGCCCCUAUAUUCGAAAAUUUGCUUUUAAAGGGGGCUUAGAAUUAUUUGAACAGCCUAAUAUAAACUAAGGUAGGGUAUGGGUAGGGGCUAAGACGAAAAAAGGAUUUCAGAAUUUAUAUGCCCUACCCUAUCCAUACCUUGUCUAUGCCCUACCUUACUUUAUAUACACUACUUUCAGAAGACCCAACGUCCGCCAACAAAUCUCGCAAUAUGACACAGGAGACCUUCUAGAGACGCCACUAGAGCCCUACAACCUCAAGAACAUCUUAUCCUUGUUCAAAGCCACUCUUUCACAACAAGAACUGAUAGUAGACGCGGUUCAUUGGCCAAAGCUUCAAGAAGAACAUGAAAUUGAAAAAGCUCAUGAACUGACGAAUGACAAAGUCUUUUGGACCACCCUCGACACCGUACAACACAUUCUGGAGCAGUUUUCACAAACCAUGGAUUCUGAAUCUGAAGCGGAAUAUCAAUGUUUGUUGAGGAAAACGAAUCAUAUCAUGGUAGAAGGGCUUAAACUGGCACACAACUUGGAUGGAAAUGACAAAACUGAGGUCUACAAUAUCAUCAACAAGCACUAUCAACAGCUGGAGUCGGAUCUGGGACACUUGUACAGCUUACUCGACCAUGUGAACAGAGGCACAAACCUGGAUGAUGAUAAAAUGGAUGCGGCGAUGAACAUGAUCAUGAGCAAGUUAACUCAGAAUCCAGCUCUACAAGGAGAUAAUGCCACGGUAAGAGCUCUACUAGGAGAUAAUGCCACGAUAGGUGGUAUGUAAAGGUUGGAAAGUUGAUUUUUGAGGCUGAUAUGGCGUUUUAGAGGGUUAAUAUAGCAGUUAUUAGGUUGUUAAAAAAAUCAUGAGCCCUUGUCAAAGCAUAUUAUCAGGGUUAGGCGGCGCAAAAGUUUUUGAACAACCUAAUAUAAAGUAAGAUAGGGUAUGGUAGGGCCAAGAAACGAGACAGGGACGUCAUUAGCGGGGACGAAUGGGGGUAGAUCUUCAGAAUUAGUGUAGGGAUGAAGGUACGGGUAGGGUAGGGCAAAGACAAGGCUGUUAUAGGGUAGGGCAUAGACAAGGCACGGGUAGGGCAAAGAUGUAGGGUAGGGUAUAGAUAGGGUAGGGCAUAGGUAGGCCUUAGACAAGUUAUGGAUAGGGUAAGGUAAAGACAAGGCAUUGGUAAUGUAGGAUAUAAUAUGGGGGUGGAUUUUAAAGUUUUUUACAAAAAUUAGGGUGAAAACGAGGAGGUGGGUAGAUAAAGGGCCAAAGAAGGAAAAUUUUUUAAAAUGAUCCCAAUGCUACUAAUUGUAGAAUAAAAAAUGUAUUUUACGAUCCCUUUUACAAUAGCCAUCAUUCUUCUAUACCCUGACAGGGUUACGAUAAACCUUCUGUAACCUGCCCAUUUUAGCAAAUUUUAAAAUUUUGUUUUGAGGCAUUGAUGACCAUAUUAAUAGUGUAUUAUGACACAAAUUUUCAGGUUUAUAGCUAUGUUUUAAAAAAAGUUAUGAUGAAAAGAAGUAAAUGAAUAUUUUUUGGAAAUUUCUAGAAAAUGGUGGGUAAAGGUAGACCUGCUGUAACUUUGUAAUGCUAAAGAAUUCAAAAACUCUUUUUUAGGGUUAGAUUGCUAAGAGAUAAGAUCUUAUUUGUCUACAAAUUCUUAAAUUUUUUUUUCAAAAAAGUUGUGUCUAAAAUAAGACGCUUGACUUUGCCUCAAAAAUAGGAUAAAAAUAGGUAUUGCCCCCUAUAUUUUUGGUCAUAUCUCUAAAACUACUCAAAGAAAAAUGAAGAAAUUUAUAUUUAACAAUACCUAAAAUACAGCAGAAUAAUAUGGAAUUCAAAAAUGACCGAAUUUCAUUUCAGAUUAUCCGAGAAAUUGGCGAAUUUCGUGCCAGGACCGGCGCUUUCGACGAGAAUCGCCGAAGUUGGCUCAAGUCGCUGGGCGAGGAGUCGAGUCAAGUGUUCUGGUCGUAUUUCCAAAACACAAAACUUGCCGUUAUUGCCAAUCUACUCAGCUUUGUACCGUUUUCGAGCGAAACUUGUCAACGCAAAAAUCAAAAACAAGAGUAAGUGGGGCGCGAACUGCGAAUUCCUAGCGAAGUUUUUUUUGAAAAUUUUUGAAGUUACAGUAAGAAAACGGGCGAUUUUGAUGAAUAAUAUGUAAAAGAGGACUACUGAGUUACUAUAAAUGACAUUUUUCAGAUUGCCCGAAGACUUGAAAGCCAAACUCGUCUACCUCAAGUAUAACCUACUACAACAUCAGCCCCAGCUACAGAAUGGGUAUGAUUUGAAUGGUCAUGACGGCAGUGUGGAAUUAAUGCAAGCAUAG